GAGAGAUGUAAUGUUUGUCUCUGUUAUGUUGAAGCCCAAUCAAGCAGGAGAGACCAGCCUCCCCUGUACCCAGCUGUGUGUCCAUGAAGAGUGACAAGUCUAUGGAUCAUCCUAUAUAUUUUUCUACUGAACAAAAAAACCAACAGGAGAGAUCAGAGUCAGACAUUCUCAGUGGUCAGUCUUCCCAGAGUCAUCAAACAGACCUGGCCUCUAUAUUCAGUUUGCUUGAAGAGAAUAUUAUGACAUUUAUGAAGAACGAGCUGAAGAUGUUUAAGAGGAUUCUUAGUCCAGAACUCCCAGAAGGCUUUGAGAGUCAGAAGCAGGAUAAGGAAGUGGUGGACGCUGAAGAUGAGAAGCAGGAGAGCAGUGCCAGAGAGGGGGCUCUGAAGAUCACACUGCACGUCCUGAGGAAAAUGAACCAGAAGGAGCUUGCUGACACACUGGAGAAAAAUGAGCUUGCUGUGAUUUGCCAAUGUGAACUCAAAUCUAAUCUGAAGAAGAAGUUUCAAUGUGUAUUUGAGGGGAUCGCUAAACAAGGAAACCCAACACUUCUCAAUAAGAUCUACACAGAGCUCUACAUCACAGAGGGUGGAAAAGGAGAGGUCAAUAAUGAACAUGAGCUGAGACAGAUUGAGACAACAACCAGGAAACAAGCAAGACCAGAGACUGCAAUCAAAUGUAACGACAUCUUCAAACCCUUAACUGGACAAGACAAACUUAUCAGAACUGUGCUGACAAAGGGAGUCGCUGGCAUUGGAAAAACAGUCUCUGUGCAGAAGUUCAUUCUGGACUGGGCUGAAGGAAAAGCAAAUCAGGAUGUCCAAUUUGUUUUUUCAUUCCCUUUUCGGGAGCUGAAUUUGAUGAAAGGGGAAAAACACACUUUGAUUGAACUUCUCAACCACUUCUCAAUGGAAACCAAAGAAUCAAGAAUCUCCAACUACGACAAGUACAAAGUUCUGUUCAUAUUUGAUGGUCUGGAUGAGUGCCGACUGCCCCUAGACUUCCAGAAGAACAAGAUCUGUUGUGACGUCACCAAGUCAACCUCAGUGGAUGUUCUGCUGACAAAUCUCAUCAAGGGAAAUCUGCUUCCCUCUGCUCUCCUCUGGAUAACUACCCGACCUGCAGCAGCCAAUAAGAUCCCUUCAGAGUGUGUUGACCAGGUGACAGAGGUACGAGGGUUCAAUGACCCACAGAAGGAGGAGUACUUCAGGAAGAGAUUCAGUGAUGAGGACCUGGCCAGCAGAAUCAUCUCACACAUAAAGACAUCAAGGAGCCUCCACAUCAUGUGCCACAUUCCAGUCUUCUGUUGGAUAUCUGCAAUAGUGCUUGAACACAUGCUGAAACAUAAGAGAGAAGAGAUGCCCAAGACUCUGACUGAGAUGUACACACACCUUGUGGUGUUUCAUACAAUAAAGAAGAACGAAAAGUAUCUUGGGAAAGAAGAGAGGGGUCCACACUGGAAUAAAGAGAGCAUUCUGUCACUGGGAAAACUGGCUUUUCAACAGCUUGUGAAUGGCAAUCUGAUUUUCUAUGAAGAAGACCUGAAAGAGGCUGGCAUUGAUGUCAAUGAAGCCUCAGUGUACUCAGGAUUGUGCACACAGAUCUUUAAAGAGGAAUGUGGGCUGUACCAGGACAAGGUGUACUGCUUCGUGCAUCUGAGCAUUCAGGAGUUUCUGGCUGCUGUAUAUGUGUUCCUCUCAUUCACAAACAACAAUGAGAAUCUAAUGGCCAAACCACGAUCAACGUUCAGGGACCUUCCUUUGAGGAUCAGACACAAGCCUGAAGUUACUCUCUACAAGAGUGCUGUGGUUAAAGCCUUACAAAGUGAGACGGGAAACCUGGACCUUUUCCUCCGCUUCCUUCUGGGCCUCUCACUGGAGUCCAAUCAGAAGCACUUACAAGGUCUACUGACAAAGACAGGAAGCAGCUCACAGAGCCCUGAAGAAAUAGUUAAGUACAUUAAGGAGAAGAUCAGGGAGAACCCCUCUCCAGAGAGGUGCAUCAAUCUGUUCCACUGUCUGAAUGAACUGAAUGACCAUUCUCUAGUGGAGGAGAUCCAAAGAUACCUGAGAUCAGGAAGUGUCUCUGGUGAAGAACUCUCACCUGCACAGUGGUCAGCUCUGGUCUUUGUGUUGCUGACUUCAGAAAAGGAGCUGGAUGUGUUUGACCUGAAGAAAUACUCCAGAUCAGAGGAAGGUCUUCUGAGGCUGCUACCAGUGGUCAAAGUCUCCAAAAUGGCUCUACUGUCAGGCUGUGGAGUCACAGAGGAAGGCUGUGCUUCUCUGGUCUCAGCUCUGAAGUCAAACCCCUCACACCUGAGAGAGCUGGAUCUGAGUAACAAUGACCUGAAGGAUUCAGGAGUGAAGCUGCUCUCUGCUGGACUGGGGAAUCCCCACUGUAAACUGGAGACUCUGAGGCUGUCAGGCUGUCAAGUCACAGAGGAAGGCUGUGCUUCUCUGGUCUCAGCUCUGAAAUCAAACCCCUCACAUUUGGAAGAACUGGAUCUGAGUAACAAUGACUUGAAGGAUUCAGGAGUGGAGCUGCUCUCUGCUGGACUGGAGAAUCCUCACUGUAAACUGGAGACUCUGAGGUUGUCAGGCUGUCUAGUCACAGAGGAAGGCUGUGCUUCUCUGGUCUCAGCUCUGAGGUCAAACCCCUCACACCUGAAAGAGCUGGACCUGAGCUACAAUCACCCAGGAGACUCAGGAGUCAGACUGCUCUCUGCUGGACUGGAGGAUUCACGCUGCAGACUGGAGAAACUCAGUGUGGAACAUGGUGGAGAGUACACAAUGAAGCCUGGGCUUAGAAAAUAUACUUGUGAUCUCACAAUGGACCCAAACACAAUAAACAUACACCUCUCUCUGUCUGAGGAGAACAGAAAGGUGACAUGGAGGACAGAGGAGCAGCCGUAUCCUGAUCACCCAGAGAGAUUUGAAGAUGAUGAACAGGUGCUGUGUAGAGAGGGUCUGACUGGACUCUGUUACUGGGAGGUAGAGUGGAGUGGGAAAGCAGCUGACAUAGGAGUUACAUAUAAAGGAAUCAGCAGGAGAGGAAGGGGUAAUGACUGUGUGAUUGGAUACAAUGACAAGUCCUGGAGUCUGUUCUGCUCUGAGAACAGUUACAGAGCGUGCCACAAUGACAAUCUCACUCUCAUAGACGUCCCCUCCUCCAGCUCCCACAGAGUAGGAGUGUAUCUGGACUGGCCAGCCGGCACUCUGUCCUUCUACAGAGUCUCCUCUGACACACUGACCCACCUGUACACAUAUCACACCACAUUCACUGAGCCCCUCUAUCCAGGAUUCAUGGUUUGGGAUGAUGACUCCUCAGUGUCCCUGUGUCAGGUGGUCCCUGUGUCAGGUGGUCCCUGUGUCAAACACAACAUGAUGUUUCACUGUAAUCAUGUGUUUUAUGUUUGAUCACAAUAUGACAUUUAAAUACAUGGAGGAACACA